GAAUUUGUCACAUCUGAAAGCUUAGCUCGAAUAAUUUAUUUAAUCAAUGGAUUAGGUAUACCAAUAUUGAUUAAUGGAUCAUCCAUAAAUGAAUUAUCUUCAAAUUAUUUAAUACAAAGUUUACAAGGAAAGCCAAUAUCGAUUGGAUUCAAUGAGUUAACACCAACUUCACCAUCGUCAAAAAUGAAACGCAUUAUUCAGCUUAUCAUACAACAGAACCAUCAAAGAUGGAAAUGUUUAGGAUAUUUUUG